AAAAUGUCUUGGUUAUGAUAGUGUGCAUGUUAACCAAAAUCCCAGUAUUCAUUAUUGGUUCACCUGGAUCUUCAAAAUCCUUGGCUGUAAGGCUUGUGAGUCAAAAUUUACGUGGUGCAGAUUCAAAUGAUCCUUAUUUCAAAAAAUUGCCCCAGGUAUAUCUCAUUCCACAUCAAGGAUCUACAUCAUCCACUUCAGAAGGUAUCUUGAAGGUUUUUGAAAAGGCUAAUAAAUAUCAAGAUACAAGUAGAAAAGAAUUUCCUGUAAUCAGUGUUGUAUUAUUGGAUGAAGUUGGUUUGGCUGAAACCAGUCCCUUCAACCCAUUAAAAGUACUUCAUUCUGAACUUGAGCCAAGCUAUCCAGCAGACGGACCAAAAGUUUCUGUAAUUGGUAUUUCCAAUUGGAGAUUAGAUAAUAGUAAAAGUAGUAGAGCUCUAUUAGUACAAAG